AUGGCUAUGAUUACAUCGUGGAAUCCUGAAAAAAAGCACAGCGAUGUUGAAAGAUGGAUAUGUAUAUAUCCUGCAUAUAUAAAUAGUAAGAAGACUCGGGCUGAGGGUCGAAAACUGCCGAAAUCAAGUUGUGUGGAAAAUCCAACCCACCAGGAAAUAAGGGAUGUAUUGUUAACAACUGGUUUGCAUGUAGGUGUAGAAAAUAAAUUGUAUCCAAGAGAGAGGAGUAAGGAAAUACUGUACAGAGGCAGAAUUAGAGUGCAAUUAAAAAAUGAUGAUGGUACCCCAUUAAAGCCAGAAUUUGGAACCAGAGAGUCUGUCAUGAAAUAUAUUGGUGAAUCAAUUCCUAAACUUAAGACUCGUCAAAAUAGACCUGCAGACCAACAACCACAAUCUACUCAAGCUAUUACAAAGAGCAAAGGAAAGAAAGGUCGCCGU